AAUUCGAAUUUACAGUGGCUCUAUUUUUGUCACUGAAAAAGCCUGAAACCCCUCUCAACUCGGCGUUCCCACCCACCGCCUUCCAAUCAAUGAACAAACCGUUUAUCCAUUAUUUCCAAUGAAAAUGGCAACAGCCCAUCUUUCAAGCAAAAUCCUGCGCCUCCUACUCUGUGUUUCAGUGUCGUCGGUGGUGGUGGUUGAAUCAGGUAUUGGCGUUAACUGGGGCACGGUGGCGCUCCACCGCCUCGCGCCGGACACGGUGGUGGAUCUCCUGAAGGACAACAAUAUAGCGAAAGUGAAGCUCUUCGAUGCCGAUCCGACAGUGAUGAAGGCGCUAAUGGGAAGUGGAAUUGAAGUGAUGGUUGGAAUCCCUAACGAAAUGCUGUCUCUGCUUAGCACUUCUCCUUCCGCUUCUGAUUUGUGGGUUUCUCUCAAUGUUUCCAGAUAUAUGGUUAAACGCGGUGUUCAUAUCAAGUUUGUUGCUGUGGGAAACGAACCAUUUCUGAGUAGCUACUCGGGUCAAUUUCAACCGUACGUUAUACCUGCUCUAAUGAAUUUACAACAAUCUCUUGCAAAAGCAAAUCUUGCUGGCGCGGUAAAGCUCGUUGUACCCUGCAAUGCCGAUGCCUACGAAUCUUCUCUACCUUCGCAAGGAACCUUCCGAACCGAUCUCACUGAAAUCAUCACACAGCUCGUUUCUUUCCUUAAUUCAAACAAUGCCCCUUUCGUGGUCAACAUCUAUCCCUUUUUGAGCCUCUACGCAAACUCCGAUUUCCCUCAAGACUACGCUUUUUUCAACGGCACAGCGCAUGCGGUUACAGACGGGCCGAAUGUUUACUACAACGCGUUCGAUGGAAAUUUCGACACUUUAGUCGCAGCACUCGGGAAACUCGGAUUCCCACAGAUGCCGAUUGUUGUGGGGGAGGUGGGCUGGCCCACAGACGGUGCGCCGAGUGCUAAUCUCACUGCCGCAAAGUCUUUCAAUCAGGGUCUCGUGAGAAGUGUUUUAAGCAACAAAGGGACACCUCUAAGGCCAGGUGUACCCCCCAUGGAUGUCUAUCUUUUCAGUCUUUUUGACGAGGGGGGCAAAAGCGUCCUUCCCGGGAACUUCGAGAGGCAUUGGGGAAUAUUCUCGUUCGACGGGCAGGCGAAAUAUCCGUUGAAUCUUGGAAAUGGGAUGUUGAAAAAUGCGAGAGAAGUUGGUUAUCUCCCUUCGAGAUGGUGUGUGGCGAAUCCUACGAGAGAUCUUUCUGCCGUGGAGGAUCACUUCAAACUCGCGUGUAGUUACGCCGAUUGCACUACACUUAGCUAUGGUGGAUCUUGUAAUGGUAUUGGGGAGAAGGGGAAUGUGUCGUACGCUUUCAAUAGUUACUAUCAGUUGCAGAAACAGAAUCCAAGGAGCUGCGAAUUUGAUGGGCUUGGUCUCGUCACUUUCUUGGAUCCUUCUGUGGGUGAUUGCAGAUUUCUUGUCGGAGUUACGGAUGUGAAAUCUUUAGGGUUUCGUUUUAACGGUGGCGGGAGUAUACUCUCGUUAAUCAUUUUUUGGGGGGGUUUGCUUGUUUAUCGUAUAAUUUAGAGGUUUUUGAAAGGGGGAUUUCCAGGGUUCUGAUUCGAAAGGAUCAAAAAAGGUGAAAAAAUACUGCACAGAGAUAUCAUUACAACUUAUAGGUGUGUUAGUCUUAGAAAUUGUUUCGGGUUUAUUGGUUUGCUCUUCUUGUGGAGUUAGUUAUAAGCGAAAGUUUCGGAGAUUCUGUACCGUUUUCAAUAUAUAUAUAUUGAAAUAUUUAU